GGGGAGGGGCCAGUAACUAGGAAGCGGCCUGUGCGAAUCAUUCCCUACUUCCGGUCACUGUACUCCAUUCCACACAGAGGAAUCUUCGGUGUCCUUAGAGAUCAGGGUAAUACAGUAGUGAAGACAACCUUUGGUGAGUGUGAGACACCCAGCAGCCAUCCUCGUGUGUCAGGUUGACUAAGCAGGACCCACAGCCCCAUCACGGUGCCUCCACCUCACUCACUGAUACAUGAGAGACACAGUGACCAGAAGAUCCUGGAACUCACCAACAAGAUCAUUCAGCUGCUGACAGGAGAGGAGGGGGAGUAUAUAGAGGAACACAGGGGUCUGUACAAGGACGUGAUGAUGGAGAAUCACCGGCCCCUCACAUCACUGGAUGGGUCCAGUAACAGAGAUACCCCAGAGGGAUGUCCCCGUCCUCUGUAUUCCCAGGAUUGUACAGAGGAGAAUCACAGGAUCCCACAGGAGGAUCAGGUAGAACGUCUGUCUGAUAUUAAGGCAGAAGAUAUAGAGGAAGAAGAAGAGACGUAUGUGACUGAUAUAAAGGCAGAAGAUACAGAGGGAGAAGAAGAGACGUAUGUGACUGAUAUAAAGGCAGAAGAUAUAGAGGAAGAAGAAGAGACGUAUGUGACUGAUAUAAAGGCAGAAGAUAUAGAGGGAGAAGAAGAGACGUAUGUGACUGAUAUGAAGGCAGAAGAUAUAGAGGAAGAAGCAGAGACGUAUGUGAGGGGUGAUCAGCAGUGUAAGGAGGAGGAGAUCCCUACAGAUAUCAGCACAGCAGAUGGACACACAAGCAGAAAUAUCUCAGAAGGACAUCUAAUGUUAUCCCCGGAUUGUGACAUAAAAGAUAAUGACAGUAGACAGGAUUCUCCAGGAGAUAACCCCAUUACCCCAAUUAUACAUCCAGCUCUAUCAGCUGAUCCCGGGAAAUGUUGUCCUGAUCACUCUGAUAUUGGUGCAUCUGUCACAGCUCUGACAGUAGAUACAGUGUUUCCGUGUUCUAUAGAUGCCAAAUGUUUUACAAAGAACACAAAGCCUAAUAACCCACACACAGGUAAGGCAGGUGAGAGGCCACUGAUAUGUUCUGAGUGUGGGAAAUGUUUUACAUACAAAUCACAACUUGUUAAUCAUCACGGAAGUCACACAGGUGAGAAGCCAUUUCCAUGUUCUGAGUGUGGGAAAUGUUUUGCACUUAAAUCACAUCUUGUUAGACAUCAGAGAAGUCACACAGGUGAGAAGCCAUUUUCUUCUUCUGAGUGCGGGAAAUGUGUUACACAAAAAUCACAACUUGUUACCCAUCAGCAAAGUCACACAGGUGAGAAGGCAUUCCCAUGUUCUGAGUGUGGGAAAUGUUGUGUAAGUAAAUCACAUCUUGUUAUGCAUCACAGAAGUCACACAGGUGAGAAGCCAUUUCCAUGUUCUGAGUGUGGGAAAUGUUUUGUAAGUAAAUCACAACUUGUUAGACAUCAGCGAAGUCACACUGGUGAGAAGCCAUUUCCAUGUACUGAGUGUGGGAAAUGUUUUGUAAGUAAAUCACAACUUGUUACACAUCUGCGCAGUCACACAGGUGAGAAGCCUUUUCCAUGUUCUGAGUGUGGGAAAUAUUUUACACGGAAAUCACAACUUGUUACCCAUCAGCAAAGUCACACAGGUGAGAAGGCAUUUCCAUGUUCUGAGUGUGGGAAAUGUUUUGAACACAAAUCACAUCUUGUGAGACAUCAGAGAAGUCACACAGGUGAGAAGCCAUUUUCUUGCUCUGAGUGUGGGAAAUGUUUUGCACACAAAUCAGUUCUUGUGAGACAUCAGAGAAGUCACACAGGUGAGAAGCCAUUUUCUUGCUCUGAGUGUGGGAAAUGUUUUGCACACAAAUCAGUUCUUGUUAUACAUCAGAGAAGUCACACAGGUGAGAAGCCAUUUUCUUGCUCUGAGUGUGGGAAAUGUUUUACAUACAAAUCACAACUUGUUUCCCAUCAGCAAAGUCACACAGGUGAGAAGGCAUUUCCAUGUUCUGAGUGUGGGAAAUGUUUUGAACACAAAUCACAUCUUGUGAGACAUCAGAGAAGUCACACAGGUGAGAAGCCAUUUUCUUGCUCUGAGUGUGGGAAAUGUUUUGCACACAAAUCAGUUCUUGUUAUACAUCAGAGAAGUCACACAGGUGAGAAGCCAUUUUCUUGCUCUGAGUGUGGGAAAUGUUUUGCACACAAAUCAGUUCUUGUUAUACAUCAGAGAAGUCACACAGGUGAGAAGCCAUUUUCUUCUUCUGAGUGCGGGAAAUGUGUUACACAAAAAUCACAACUUGUUACCCAUCAGCAAAGUCACACAGGUGAGAAGGCAUUCCCAUGUUCUGAGUGUGGGAAAUGUUGUGUAAGUAAAUCACAUCUUGUUAUGCAUCACAGAAGUCACACAGGUGAGAAGCCAUUUCCAUGUUCUGAGUGUGGGAAAUGUUUUGUAAGUAAAUCACAACUUGUUAGACAUCAGCGAAGUCACACUGGUGAGAAGCCAUUUCCAUGUACUGAGUGUGGGAAAUGUUUUGUAAGUAAAUCACAACUUGUUACACAUCUGCGCAGUCACACAGGUGAGAAGCCUUUUCCAUGUUCUGAGUGUGGGAAAUGUUUUACACGGAAAUCACAACUUGUUACCCAUCAGCAAAGUCACACAGGUGAGAAGGCAUUUCCAUGUUCUGAGUGUGGGAAAUGUUUUGAACACAAAUCACAUCUUGUGAGACAUCAGAGAAGUCACACAGGUGAGAAGCCAUUUUCUUGCUCUGAGUGUGGGAAAUGUUUUGCACACAAAUCAGUUCUUGUUAUACAUCAGAGAAGUCACACAGGUGAGAAGCCAUUUUCUUGCUCUGAGUGUGGGAAAUGUUUUACAUACAAAUCACAACUUGUUUCCCAUCAGCAAAGUCACACAGGUGAGAAAGCAUUUCCAUGUUCUGAGUGUGGGAAAUCUUUUGCACACAAAUCAGUUCUUAUUAGACAUCAGCGAAGUCACACAGGUGAGAAGUCAUUUCUAUACUCUGAGACAUAAAUCAUCAGAAUCAGCUUUAUUGGCCGGGUUUACUCGCCUACACUAGGAAUUGUUUGUGGUACAAUGCAUCGCCAAGCAGCAACAUGAAAGGGAAAUACAUGGCAUAAGAAGGGGGAAAAACAUAGCAUACAUUACACAUAUGAGUUCAUACUGCACAUUGCAACUGUACAAUAGACUCAACAUAUUAUACAUGUAAGACUAAAGACGAAGGCUGCUUGGCAGAGCAGCACUGAGGCGCCAACUAGAACUCAAACAAUGCACAUAAUACAGAAGAUUUAAGUAUUACACAUCAAAAGAUAAACCAGACAGACAAAAAAAAAAAGACACAGAAAGAAUAAUGCAGGAUUGGUGUAGGUAUUUUGAGUAAUAACUUCCAUGGGCUGUGUAUUCCACCCUCACAGGGUACCAGGUGCGGCAGCCAUCUUCGGCGCACUGCGUAGGAGUACCCUGGGUGGAGUAGUCCAUCCUUGAGGGGUAGGCCUGUAAGGUACUACUGAUGUUCUCUGCCAGAGGGUUAGUGGGCAUAGUCCUGGUGAUUUCAUUUUCGAGGUUUGAUGAGUCCUCAUAAUGGUCUGGAUUUCUUUCUUGAUGUUGUUGCUUAGAGAUAGGAAUGCUUUGAGUAUUUUAACGCACAGCUGUGCAUGGCUGAAGCUAUAGAUAUAUAUACACACAAUAGACAUCACUCAGAUUGUACACAAUAGACAUCACUCAGGUGAGGAACCAUUUUAAUCUUCUGGAAUAUACUCAUCAUUGCCAUGCGUUGUUCUUCAUGGUUCUUAUCCUAUCUCCUAUGCUUUUUGUAAUAUACAUGUUACCACUGGGUGAAAUAAUCAGAUGUCAUACCAUCGUCUACCACUGCUAUGCAGAUGACCUGUCUUUGCUCUAGGUACUGAGAACCCAGUACCAAUCCUAAAUGGUUGUCUAGCUGAGCUCCAGGUGUGGGUGAUGCCAGUUAGCUGUGAUUCAGUCCUGGUGAAACAGGUCUUUAAGCUCACCAACAAAGAGCAGGGCUGCAGCUCCGCUUUACCUACCAACCAGACUUUGUUAGGAAUGUCUGUUUGUUUUGCUUUGAAUUCUCAUUCCUGCCUCUAGAGGUCUCACUUGCUGCCUCAGGUCCGAAUGGCAGUUGCACACUGUCUCUGCAGGAUAAUUACCUGAUUGUGAGCACCUGGGGUCCAACACCUGGUGCUGCUAUUUAACUCCAGCUCACCAGCAUCUAGGUGCAGAUCAUUGUGGUUCCGUCUGGAGUGCGACUGGGCUCUCUCCUGUAUUCCUGUCCUGAUUCUGCCUUAUCUACAUCUUGGAGACAUUCCCUGCAGUUUGCUGGUUCGUGUGCCUUGCUUCAAGACUUUUAACCCUGCCGGUUCAGCAUCUGCAUUCCUGGACUAUUAUUUGCAGUCUGUUUCCACCCCUGACUGAUUACUACGUUUUUGGUAUGUUAUUUUUCCCCUGCUUGAUUUAAACCCAGAUACCUUCAUGUUUAUUUCUCAUCUGUGUUUAACCUGGAUUAUACCAAUAUUCAAGCAUAACCUUCCUCCUUGUUUAUAUUACCAGCCAUUACUAUUAUUUGGAAAUAUCAUGUUCGGUUUCAUGUAAUCAAGGAUCCAGUUUAUAUUUAUUUUUGCUACCAUUUUUUUCACAAUAAACCUUACUUAAUUCUCACCUGGCUUCAGCUGACCUCAUUUCAAGUAUGCACACACAGAGAACCCUAGUAAUCGUUACAGAAUGAUCUGCCCAAAUCAAUGUGUGCAGGAGUUUUGAGGUACAGCUGAAUCUCAUAAGAUGGCUUUACUUCAGAGAAAUUCCCUGCCUCUCGAGUUUAUGCCGUUUGUGAGUUCUACAUUGCUGGUGGAUUUCAGAGAGAAACUGGAGAAUAUUCAAACCCUGUCCUCAGUGAUACUGGGGUAUAUGCAAUAGCGGGCGAAUCGCGUCAUUUUUUCCGCCCGUUUAAAAUUCGCCAGCCGCAGCCCUGCCGCCGGGACCAUGAAUUCACCAUAUGCAAUGUAAAACGGAUUCGACCCACCCCCAGGCGGAUAACGGCCAAUCGGCGAGUAGUGGGCGUCCCGAAUUCGACUUCCCGCCGGAAGCAGCCCUUUAUUAGGGCUUGUUUGCUGCGUGCUCUGCAGCCAUUUUGUGAACCUGCAGAGAGGUGUGAGGAGGUGCAGAGCUAGCAAUUUGGUUGUUUGCUGUGGAUAUCGUUUGGACACCCCAGCAGGCUUUAUUCCAGGACAGUCAGGAGGAUACAUGUACCCCGGAGGAGAGCCAUUUUAGGAGCUUUUACAACAUUUGUAGGUAAGUACCACAUGUGGGUCUGGUGUUGCAUGUAUGUGUUUGUGUAGUGGGGGUUGCCAUGAGGUGUACAUGGGGUGUUUGUGUAUGUGUGCAGGUAUGUGUAUAGCUCCUGCUUGUGUUGCUGCAUUUUUUGGGGGAGACUUGUGUUUUGGGGUAGUUUUUCACGGUUUUUUUCUUCUUCUUUUAAUGACUUUUUGGGUCUUCUUUUAGCAUUGGUGUACCUCCUGAGUGUGCUGGGAUGCUUUCUGGCCAUUUUGGGGUGAUUUGGAGCAAGUUUGGUCGGCCAUCUGGCCGACAUGUGCUGUCGGCUGUUUGGCAAACAUGUGUUUUCCCUCCAGCCAUUUUGUGUGUGUCAGCCAUUUUGUGUGUGUCAGCCAUUUUGUGUGUGUCAGCCACUGGGGUCCCAGCAGCAUGACGUGAUUGCAUUUAAUUAUGUAAUGUGUGUGUGUGUGUGUAUGUAUGUAU